AUGGCAGAGAAGAACAGCGUGGUCAUGCAGAGCGGACAGAUCCUGGCACAGAUUACGGUUGGGAAGGUUAUCCAUGAAGCACCAGGGAAAGCUCUGCAGAAGCUCAGCACCAUCCCUGAGUAUGAACCAGGCCAGAGCAAGGCAGGAUCAAGCCCUCCUGCAUCCUCCAGCUCCCUCUCUUCAGUGGACAAGUACAGCAGCACAUCCACUUCCGCUGGCUCACUGACCACAUCCGAGCCUGACAAUGGAGAGGACUGUGCCGGGAUAGUGCUGUUCUGCCUCUUCUGCAGAUAUUACGACCUCUUCGUCAUGUUGCCCAAUUCGUGCGAGAGAGCGGCUAACCGCAUCUGUCCCUCCUACAAACACUUUUCUGAGACGGUGGAACCUGUCCACAGCAGUGACUGGAACUGUCACUGUGACUUUGACUGUGGCCUGUUUGAUGCCUGCCACGAGACCGGAGAGUGUCUUGAACUCGCCAUGGAGAUCUCGGAGGUGUGUUAUCGCUAA